UUCUCUCUCUCUCUCUCUCUCCGUGUUUUCCUUUCUUUAAUAUUCACUACGCCAUUCCUCUGCGAAAAGUCUCUUGUCACUGUCAGUUGUUUCCUUCCUCGCCAUUGAAUCGAUCGGCAAAAUCCAAAACAUGGGCAUCUCGUUCAGCAGUAGAAGAAGGAACAACGAUUUCUUUCACAAUCCAUCUCAUUCACAACUCAUCUAUUCUUCGCCUGCUACUUCUGAGCUUUCUGUUCCUCAUCCUUCUUCAACCUAUCUUCAUCCUCCGCUUCAACCACCGCCACCACCACCUCCGCCGCCUCCACCGCCACCAAACUAUUUCUUCGCGGCAAACGCACCAUAUCAACCUCCACCUAAUCCCCCUCCUUAUUCAUCCUACUACCAGUAUACGGGUGGGUAUAACACCUGUGGAUACGCUGGACCCAUUAUGGGUCAGGGUAGUUCCAAUUACUACCCUAAUCAUGGUUAUGAGGGGCCUGUUAUGAGAAAUCCCUGGUUUCCUUCGCAACAUCCGCAGAAUCCGCCUCCUUAUGUUGAUCAUCAGAAUGCUAAAAAGGUCAAGAAUGAUGUCAAUGUCAAAAAGGAGACGAUCAAGCUUAAAGUCGAUGAGACGAGCCCGGACUGCCAUUUAGUUUCCUUUACUUUCGAUGCUAUGGUCGAUGGCAGUAUCACUAUCUUCUACUUUGCGAAAGAAGGGGCUGACUGCAACUUCAGUCCACUGUAUCCUGAGGCCUAUAUGCCAGUUAGAAUUUCCUUUCAGAAAGGUUUGGGCCAGAAAUUCAGUCAGUCUCCAGGGACUGGCAUCGACCUAGGCUUCUUUGAGUUGGAUGAUCUGUCUAAGCCAUCACCAGGUGAAGAUGUUUUCCCACUUGUUAUCUUAGCUGAAGCAUACCAACCACCUCGACCUGCAGACCAUCAGCUUGGUCAAUCUCUGCCACCAACCACAUCCUCUCAUGCACAGAUUACUCAAGCCAUCUUAGAAAAGAAUAAUGGAGACUCAUUCCAAGUGAGAGUUGUGAAGCAGAUAUUGUGGGUUGACAGAGUUCGCUAUGAGCUUCGUGAAAUUUAUGGAAUUGGCGACCCAGUUGAAGCUGGUGUUGGUGACGAUGACCAAGGGAAGGAGUGUGUAAUUUGCAUGACAGAACCUAAGGAUACUGCUGUCUUACCUUGUCGACAUAUGUGUAUGUGCAGGGAAUGUGCAAAUGCAUUGAGGCAUCAAUCUAACAAGUGUCCGAUAUGCCGUCAGCCCAUUGAGGAGCUCUUGGAGAUUAAAGUCAAUGGUGGUGAUCGAUGAAAGAUCCGCUUCUUGAUAUUUCCACAACUUGUGCGGUAUAAGGUUUUCUUAUAACUAUAUUUUACCUUAAUCUGUGUUUUUCAUUCAUGUGUACAAUUUAUGCAACCUAGAUUGAUCCUUCUUUGGUAUUCUUAUCUCACCCUCAAUUAUAAUCAUGUCUAGUGUUUCAGUCUAUUGUGGAUUGUAAAUAUGGCUGUACAUACAAUUCAAAAAUAAAGCAUCAUGGCUUGCUGGUUUUCCUUUUCCUUUUCU